GCGGGAACGCAGCGGGAGCGCCCGCAGCAGCUGCAGCAGCAGGGGCAGCCAAUCUGAUGACUUGACUAUCCAUGAGACGGAGAAGACAGAAAAGAGAAAGACAAACAGGACUUAGAGAUUGAAAACAUUAUCAAGAGGUAGCUCCUGGAGUGGAGGUCUUGUCUUCCUCAUUCCCGCUUUCCUGGACCUGGGCCGCCUGCUGCUGAUACGACGUUGCCUGCCUCCCCACGUCUCGACCGCAUCCGGGCCUUCCGCCCUACCUGUCCCCUCCACCGGAAACCAAGUAAGGCAACUCAGUUUAACUGUGGAGGAUCGCUGAUUGUCUGCUGGAUCCCACUGACUGAUCUCCUCUCAUUACAGUGCCCCGGCCACUUCAUAGUCCAGUUUCGACCUCCCCAUUGCCUCUGCUGUUCAGCUGCAUCCUAGAGUUGUCUAGGUCACUCUUAGUUCCCUUAGGUUAUACUACGCGCCACUAGUGUGGUGGCGUCGUUUUGUUUUCGCUUGUGUUUACUUGUGGGGUGAAAUAAAUCCUUUGUUCACUUACUGUCUCGCUUCCGGGUUGGUUUCUGCACCUGUGUCCAUCUCAGUUACCUCGUGCCGCUGGGCCAUGACACUGUGACUGUGUACACAGGAAAAACUACACAAUAAUGUUUGUUUUUUAAACAUUGUGGACCUAUCUACGUUUGUUAUUGUUAAUUUUAAAUAUUUGUUACGAUUAAAUGAUGAUGGCAGUAAUCUCAUUUGAACAUAGGUUUGAUUUAGUGGAGUCAGUUGUUCCCAUGCAUCAUUCUGUAAGUGGGAGAAUGAACUAAGAUUAGAAAAUGUCAAAAUAUAAAGUGUCAUUUAUUUUUAUUCAUCACAACAUCCAAAACUUUGCUGAACUUUUUGAAAUAUAAAAUGAACUCGCUGAGUGUUGACUGUCAUAACUCAAGAAAAGUUAAACUGGGCUGACCCAGUUGAAACUAAUUUUAACAGUUUAAACCAGUUAAACCAGUUUACCUGGGUGAGACUUGUUACUGCAUGCUGUAAUCAAACAUACCACACCCUGCAUCAUGUGAUUGGCUCUUGGUCGCUCUGUAAGAAUAUUUCUUUAGCGCCUCCCUUCACAGAUGUGUCUGUAUCAGGAUGGGUCUAAACAACAUGGUGUAAAUGCAGUUGCUGGUGAGCCUUAUUUCCUGUAGGAGGUGAACAAGAGCAGAGAUCUGUUUCCCUUCAGAGCACAGAGGUUGUUUCUGUUCAGAGAAAGUGAAACUGUCUGACAGUCACUGAGAGACGGUGAAACGGCACAGCACAUGAAUCAAAUGGACCAAACAAAAUUCUGCUGUUCAGUCUGUUUGGAUCUACUGAAGGAUCCAGUGACUAUUCCCUGUGGACACAGCUACUGCAUGAACUGUAUUCAAAGCUUCUGGGAUGAAGAGGAAAAGAAGAAAAUCUACAGCUGCCCUCAGUGCAGACAGACUUUCACAGCGAGGCCUGUCCUGGUGAAAAGCACCAUGUUAGCAGUUUUAGUGGAGGAGCUGAAGAAGACUGGACUCCAAGCUCCUCCUGCUGAUCACUGCUAUGCUGGACCUGAAGAUGUGGCCUGUGAUUUCUGCACUGGAAGAAAAAUGAAAGCCUUCAAGUCCUGUUUAUUCUGUCUGGCAUCUUACUGUGAGAAACACCUUCAGCCUCAUUAUGAUGUGGCUCCAUUAAAGAAACACAAGCUGGUGGAGCCCUCCAAGAAGCUCCAGGAGAACAUCUGCUCUCGUCAUGAUGAGGUGAUGAAGAUGUUCUGCCGUACUGAUCAGCAGAUUAUCUGUUAUCUCUGCUCUGUGGAUGAACAUAAAGGCCACGACACAGUCUCAGCUGCAGCAGAAAGGACUGAGAGGCAGAGAGAGCUGGAGGUGAGUCGACAAAACAUCCAGCAGAGAAUCCAGGACAGAGAGAAAGAUGUGAAGCUGCUUCAACAGGAGGUGGAGGCCAUCAAUCAGUCUGCUGAUCAAACAGUGGAGCACAGUGAGAAGAUCUUCACUGAGCUGAUCCAUCUCAUCCAGAAAAGAAGCUCUGAUGUGAAGCAGCAGAUCAGAUCCCAGCAGGAAACUGAAGAUCUCACUCAAAUCUGAUGCAGAAAAUAUGAAACUAAUCUGAGAGAAUAACUGAAGCAGUUUUCCUCCUGAAGCAUCACAAAGUUCAGAGUUCAUGUUUAGAGCAGAAGAUUCAGCAGUCGCUCUGUGACCUUUCAACUUUCUUCACUAAAACAGCUUCAUUACAGAGAAACAAGUCACAUGUUCUUGAUGUUCUUAAGUCCUUUCAGAUGUUUGUAAUGGUCCUUGAAUGCAGCAUCAGUGUUACAGGUUGUGACUCCUGUGAACAAACUGACACAGUGUGAUAUUACACAUAUUUAAAUCUGUCUUUACUGAUGAUGUUGAAGCUGCUGAAGGCUCAGUGAAGUUUUGUCUUCCUGCAGGUUAACAAGUGAAAUCUGAAAGUGAUGCACAACACAAGAGGGCGCCUUCAUCCUGCUAACAGGGAUGUAGAGGAGGUUAAAGCACCUCAGCUCAGU